CUCGGAGUACUUUCAAAAUCGUCCCAGGAUGAAAUGGAUGCUUGUGGCCGCCGCCUUGGCGUGUCUGCACGACACCAUCAGUGCCCGAAAGAUCAACGGAUGGUACCCCUGUAAUCUGCGAACGUUUGCCACGCCAGCGCCAGCUACAACAACGUCCUCCACAGGUCAAGCCACGGACGACGCAUCUCCCACCAUUCGGGGUUGGCGACUGAACGACCAGGACCCAGCGAACGCGAUCUUCCGAACGCUGAUCGUCAAUCCUGCCACAGACAUGUCCAUUACGUUAGGCGCCGCCGCUGCAGCUCCUACCGCCGAAUGUGCCGAGAUCACCAUGCCGCUGUGCCACGAAGGCAUUUGCGAGUCGAACGCCACGAUCACAGUAUUUGUCAAGCGCAUGCGAGCCGCACCAGGCCGCAACACCGCCGCCGCCAAGUCGCUCUGGGUGCUUCAAGGGGGUCCUGGCGCGUCUUCUGUCAACAUGGAAGGCAUCAUGGCCGCCUUGUACGACGCCCCCGGGUCGUACUUGGGCGGGUCCGUGGACGUGUACACGAUGGACCACCGCGGCACCGGCCGAAGCAGUCGCUUGUCUUGCGUCGCGUCUCAGGUAGAAACAUCCGGUAGCCCCACCAAAGGCCACGUCACAUCGCAAAGCUUUCCUGAUUGCAUUCAAGAUGUCAACAUGCAAUUGGGCGACGACGCCGACGUGAACCUACUGAAGGCAUACUCGACCACCAGUGCCGCCACAGACCUGUCCAAGAUCAUCUCGCUCCUUAACACAACCCCCAACGCGCACACGACAGUCUACGGCGUCAGCUACGGCACGUACCUUGUCCAGCGUCUCAUGCAACUGGCCAACCCCAACGUCAAAGGCUACGUAUUGGACGGUGUGGUGUCCCAAAGCGGCUCUCAAAGCGGCGAAAAGCUGUCGUUUGCCGAUUGGGCGGUCAAUAUGGACGAAAUCGGCACUGCGUUCAUGGCGUUGUGUGCCAAGGACGCAACGUGCGGCCCCAAAUUUGCCACGUCAUCGCUCCAAGAGACACUGAAAGCGCUCUACACGAGCAUGGAUAGCAAGCCCAAGGGGACGACGUGUAGCUCAUUCCUUACGUCUGUGGGCGGCAGGAGCCUCACCCCGCCUUCGUACACCCUUCGCCAGCUCCUGGGGCACCUCCUGCAAGUCCAAUCCAUUCGCAACUUUAUUCCCGUGCUCGUGUACCGCCUCAGCCGAUGCAACCCGAACGAUGCGACCGCCGUGGCCAACUUUGUCACAGCGUAUCUCAACAUCAUCGGCGCGCCCGACGAGUCGGACGCGUAUGACUCGAGCAUGCUGUACAACCUCGUGGCGCUGUCGGAGCUGUUCACGUACCCCGCCCCCAGCCGCCCCUCGCUCCGCGCUAGCUUCGCCAGCUCGCUCAUCGCAUCCGACACAUCUUCGUUGGUGACUAUGUACUGCCUCGCGUCCAACGGCAAGGACGCAGCAUGUGCAUCGGAAAAACCCUCAACCAAACCAGGCUUCCAGUUCAUCUACCCCACGGACAAGUACUUUGACGUGGCGAUAGCUAUCCCGAACGGCACGUCGGUGCUGCUCCUAAGCGGCCUCUUGGAUCCACAGACACCCCCCAAGUUUGCCAGGUACCAACUGGCGAGCUUUGUCGGGACCGCCAAGCGACUGAUCGAGUUCCCCACGUCUGCCCACGGCACGAUCCUCAACACGCCCGUGACCGUCCAGGUACGCACUACUGCUAGUACUACUAGUAUAACUCUAGAGAUGGCGUCGUUCCGAUGGAUGGAUGGUGUGGGAAGAAACAUGAUGCUGGGGUAUGUUCGUGACAACGUAGAAUAAAGUGCCGUGCGGCGCGUCGAUUGUGAGCAGCUUUGCCAUGGCCGGCGGUCUCGAUAAAUUGGACACGUCGUGCUUGGAGUACUUGACGCCCAACUCGUUUGCGAUCACGACGGCGUUGGCCCAGCGUCUGAUGGCGACUGACGACGUGUACGAAGGCACGCCGCGCAAGGCCAUCGUCCCGCGCACCCCGUCCGACAGCGCGGCGUCCGACGUGCCUGCCUCAACGAAGCCACCGAGUGAAUCUCAAGUCAACAGCUCGUGGCGAAGUCUGGCGAUUGCUGCCGUGGUGGUGGCCUCCGUGAUUUUCCUUGUCAUGGUGGUGGUGGUCAUGCGCUUACGGCGCCAGGUCCGGGAAGCCAAGGACCUAUCUGCCGCCGAGUACAUCGUCGACCCCGUAGACCCAUGAUGAUAACGUUGGCAUGGCCUGAUUGAUUGUCAGACAUACAUUCUGCACCGACCAAUCAAAUCAUGACAGCACCAAAUAUGCGCCGAAGUCUCGUCGAUGCAGAUAUGUCGCGCUGUUGGGCCGCAGGGAAUAAGGUGUGUACCCCACCCCACCCAGGUACAUACCGGUAGUACAUCCUAGUAGCUCCUUCCUACCAGCUACUGCCGC